ACUUAGUCCAACCCCACUAGCAUUAAAAAAAUAACUUAAAUCUGAGAGUCUCCUGUUAAUAAACUGUACAGUUACUUCUUUUGCUUUUCUUACAUAUCUAUUUUAUAUAAUUAUAGGAAUGUUGGUUAUGAAGUAACAGACGCCUUGCAGAAAUCUUUUUCCCUCUAGCUUUAAGAGCUCUGUAAUUUACUUUUGGUAUUCUUUUUCGUUGUUCUCAGAGAGAUUGUGCAUCAUGAUGUAUGAAUAAAUGGAAGAAUCGAAGUACUGCACACUAGUGGUGACAUUUGGAACUAUCAAGUAUGACGUAAUGUUCAGUUCGUAUGUAUAAUUGCUUCCGCGACCAGUGCAACCCGAGUUGUUCUUGUAGGUUAAACACUGCGACACAAAGCAUAGUUUUGUGUCGUCAAAUAAGCGCAUAACUUAACGGUGUUAUAAAAUUUUGUGAAAUGGAGAAGAAAGGUUCUUGUUAUAAAAAUCCUCUAAGAAAAAACAAAUUUAACUUACAUCGUAAUGCUCAUACUUGAAGUUAACCCAAUUCUGUUGAUCAUUUUUAUAUGAUACGGACUGUACCAGUUUUCUUCGUGAAAUACGUACGUGGCAUUCGGAUAAGAUGUCCAGAAGCUGCGAAGUGAAGCCCCUGGUGUUGAUGCUGGUGUUGAUGUUGGGGCGUGGGAUAAGAUGUAAAAGGCGAGGGGCUGUUUUCUUACCCCCCGAUAGCACAGGCCUCGUUGGGACUCCGCCAGCAGAGAAGCCGCUUCUACCCCUUAAAUUUUGGGCCAACCCACGGAAAUCGCCUCUGAAACCACGACGUAGGGACUUAGAUGAGCCAACAUUACUGAGACUCAUGGGACAGGACUUCGAUUCCAGAUGGAUGAGGAGAACACCUCCCAGCCACACAUAUAUACAGGACGGCGGUGCUGUCGACGCCGAAGACCGCGCUACUGUGAGAGCGCUGCAUGAGAUGGCUGGGGAGGAACUGCAAUUGCCUGCCGACUUGGUGCCCCCCGAGUAUCGGGCAGCGGUUAUCGCAUGGUUAGUCCGCCGGGCUACCUGCCCCAUCCGCUACGUCUGGGGUGACCUGGGCCCCUAUUUCUGGCCACGCUGGGUGCGCAGGGGGGAAUGUGUUCAUGACGCUGGUGCCGAUGCAACAAAUGAGGGCCGAAACUCAAGCAGGAGCGGUGUAACUCGCCCGACACCAUGCAGUUGGCCACCCGGUAUGUUCUGCGUGCCCGGAGUGGCCAGAAACCUUCAGAUUCUCCGAUGGCACUGCAGACUGAGGAAGAACAUGAACGUUGGAAGCGGUGCUAACAGCAACAACGUAUGGCUGUUGAGGGGUGGCACGAGUCAGCCUAUGGUGGACAAACAUCACAACAGUAGCAGCAAAAGCAAACGUAGAAAAAGAUACCGUUGUCAAUGGCUUAAGGUACCUUAUCCCGUUCCUGAGGACUGCGUCUGCUCCAGCUAGUCCUGAACACUUCUGCUUAGCUGUCGGCUACACCUACUAGUCUGGUCAGUGCUUUCACGUACUUCCGGUUUAUCACAAACACUCCCAAUUCAGCUAAGGCUGAUUGCCUUUGUUUCAUGUCUUUAAACGGCCUACACUCCCAUUAACCCUCUAAAACACAGUAACUACUUGUAUACGUACCAGAGGCCAUGAAAUAGCUCAGGCAGUUAGUCGCCGGUUCCCCACCGCGGAGGCCCGGAGUUAUAUCCCUGGUCAGAUCAUGUGGGAUUUGUGGUGGACAAAGUGGCACUGGGGCAGAUUUCCUUCGAAUACUUCGGUUUCCUCUGCCUAUUCACAUUCCACCGCCUGCUCUACAUUCAUCAUAAUCAUCCAUGGCUGAUGCAGUAGGCCUGUUAGUGGCCGACGUACCAAGUGGACUCAGCCUCAACCCCCCCCCCCCAAAAAAAAAUAUACAUACCGCCUGCUUUAACAUUUGGAAAGUUCUUAAAUAUACCUGGUAAGUGUAUUUAUAUGUUUCAUGUGAUUAUCAGAAUAAAAAAUGAUUAUUUAUCUAUAUAGUGUUCACUUUGACUUUGUAAUGCAUACAGUGUUUUCUGAGUGAUAGGAAUUGAGUGUUUAAGUGUUAUGUAGAUAAACAAGCAUGCGCUAAAGGCUUAAGAAGACUGUAUUAGCUCCAAUUGGUAAUAGCGGCACAUAACUAUGUAAACUGACUGACUGAUUGAUAAUUCACACUUAAGUAAUAUUUGACAUCAUUUUUCUGUAUGUACGAGUAAUUGUAUGUAUUAUUUCUUCAGACUUUAUUUUAAAAGUCAUGAUUUCCAGUUGUGAAAUAAUUCAGACAUUGCAAUAGACAUACUAAUUCGGAAUCAACUGAUCUUUUCUUAAUACAAUCGAACUAUGACACAUCUCCUGAAGGCCUUCUUUCAAGUGAUAGACAUCAUAUGUUCGCUGCAAUGACCGAUUUUGUAUUUAUCUAAUUUGGCGUCGAAUAAGAGGAAUGGAUUUUAAGUACAUAUAUAAUGGA